AUGCCCGACAUGCCGGCUGUCUUUCAACCGUCAACUUCGCCUGCUAAAGUCGACCUCGCCAGCGUCAACUCUCAACUCUUUCAAGUCCCUUCAUCCGCCUCCGCAUCCUCCUCGCUAUACUCCCUCUCCGUCAGUCGAAAGCGGCCUCGUCGCGACGAAAAGCUCUCAACAAAAUUCGAAUUCUCAUCUGAGGCCGCCAGCCCUUCACCACUCCUUGAAUCCGACUAUCGCAAAACAAGUGGCCAUGUCGACAUCCACGCUGCCGCUGACCUCGACUACCGUCCGAACCGAUACCGCGAGUCUUUCCUACCACCGUCUCUAGACGCCAGCAUGGAGUCAGUAGAUCAAGAAACUCAGGGAAACAGUCGUAAGCGCAGCCGGCGCGACUCGUGCAUCGCUUCGCCGUCCGCAGACGAUACUGAUACCCCAACACAAGUCGGCUGGGGACGCACGGUGAUUAAAGCAGUUGGCAAAGUACUGGACUUGUGCUGGACCGGCGCAUUCCGUGGAUUCUAUGCUGGCGGGGGUCAAGGAUACGACAUGCAAGCCGGGUCACCAACACAAUUCAAUCCGACCUGGCAGUCUCCCGCCUCAAUUGGGAUGGAGCGGAUCUAUCGAACACCCAUCCCGGGUCAGUACCCCGACGACGAUAUUGAACGAAGUUGGGUUGUCAUUCCCGCCGAGCCAGCGGAUCCAUUCGUUGGCGAAAACCUCCCCAGUCCGUCUCUUCGAGCACGUCGGGUUCACCAGGCCCCCAGUCCCCGCCGUCGACCGGCCGUGAUGCCCAGGUUGAACAAGAGAGCAGCUCCGUCCUCUUUGCGACCCUCAACACCUACCAAAGGUGCCGGUCUCGGACUUCCGUCUCCGCGAUCAAGAGACGGUCCGGGUUCUGCUGAGGUGCAAAGACAAGCUGCUCGGAUACGCCGUAGGGAGCGUGAAGAGGAUGCGAGUAUCCAGCGUUUGAACAAGCAACUUCAGGCGAUGAUUCGCGAGGGCAAGGAAGCACUCGGCACAACGGUGGAAGUGGACGAUUUUGAGAUGGACUACGAUUGA